AUGUGUACAGGAGGCCUGGUGCGUGAGGCUGGCACCAACUUCACCAGCCGACUAACACGCACCUCAGGACGAUCUUCUCACUUUAUAUGUCUUAUCUCUUUUCUGCUUUUCACUCUUUCACAGGAAACACUUGUGAAACAUCAACAGCACCUACAGAGGCAAAGGGAUGUUGUCGCAUACAGGAUGAAGAAGCUAGCAGCUAAGCAGGUUGACUUUACAAAGAAGACCAAUGCACUGAAGGAGAAGAUUAAGAAGAAGUAUGAGGACAUGAAGAGGGUUCUGGAUGAGGACCUGCGGAUCACGCUGACCCAGCUGGACAUGGAGUAUCAAGCCACAGAGUGCACCAUUGAGGACAGAAUAGUGCGCUGCUACCACCUCAGUCAGGAACUUGACCAGGAGAUAGCCCAGCUCAGCACCCAAAUGGAGAAAGAGCAGACAGAUGACAAGGAUGCGGAAACGGAGAGAAGAAUAGCAGAGACGAUGAAGGCUACAGAUCCAGAAUUGCUUCAGGUGGAUGAAUUUAAGAAUGAACAGCUCUUGAGUUUAACCAUCAACCUCCUGCUUUUCAUCCGGUCCCAGGUCCCUGUCACCAAGAAACUCUUUCAGAGCUAUGCCUCUGACGUUGUCCUUGACCCUACCACUGCCCACCCGAAACUUAUAAUUUCCCCUAAGGGUGACUUGGUAGAGUACACGGACACCUGGCAAGAAGUCCCAGAGAAUCCCUCGCGCUUCGACACCACCCUCAAUGCCAUCAGCAGGCAGGGCUUCCGAGAGGGACGUCACUACUGGGAGGUACAGGUAAGUGGGAAGACCUACUGGGAGAUAGGUCUCACCUACCCAAGCAUCCCACGCAAGGGCCGUGAGGAGGACUGCUGGCUGGGCCGUGGUGACGAGUCUUGGGCAAUGGAGUUCUUUAAUGGGGACUACACAGCAUGGCAUGACAGGGUGGCCCAUGCGCUCCCUGUGGUGGCCGGACAGCACUUCACUCGCAUCGGUAUUUACUCCAGCUUUCCCGGGGGCCUGGUGUGCUUCCUGGGGGCCGACACCAUGACACCUCUCCACUGUUUCUAUGUCGCCACCUUCACCAAUGUCCUCCACCAGGCUGUGUGCCCCGGGCACGACAAUCAGGGGUCCAACUGGAAGCCCCUUAAGAUUUGCGAUGCCUCACGCUCUGCCCCUACCCUCUGA